AUGGUCGAUGUUUGUUGUCUUCGUAUGUCUGCGAGAUGCUCGAGGCCUAUUCGACCAACAGCAAAGGAUGUAACAAAGCUCAGUAAUGCAAUAUCAAAUCAUGACUGCGGAAAUCUCGCUAGAGUUGUUAUGGUGCGGAAAACAGAUCAGCGUGUCAUCAACCAUAAAAGCCAAAAGGAUCAUCCUGUUGAGACGAUUACUAUGGAAACAAUUCAGACAUAUAAGGGGCAUAAGCCAGAUAGAACUGUAGUGACAAAGAAGCGUGAUUUAUCAGCAAAUGCUGUUUUAUCAUCAUCAACAUCAUGUGAACGUGAUCAAGGAUAUUCGUCACUCAACAAUUCCACAUUCUCACCAUUGAGUCGAAAAUUGAAUUCGGAAAUGAGCAAAGAUUUCAGUUCACUAAGCUUAUUGACUCCAGAUGAUGCGACAGCAUAUAACAGUAUAAGUAACAGUCCCAAUAAUAAUCCGAGAAAAACAAUCCUAAAUGGUGUCGUCAAUCGUGACACAAAUAAUAAUCCUUAUGGUACACCGACUUUAUACUCGAAGCACAACCGCAAUUCACUUAAUGUCAAAAUUCAACAGCAGCAACUUCACCAGCACAAUGAUGAGCGAGCAGUUAGUCUCAGAAAUUCUCCUAGUCUUCGACAUUCACCAAGCCUUCGCCACUCAACACCUUCACCAAUUAAUCGUAGGUCAUUAUACAGUGACUUUGAGAUUGAAUGUCUUAAAACACAUAAUGAAUAUAGAGCAAGACAUGGUGUACCGGCUCUAAAAUUAAGUAAGAGAUUGUGUAAACAUGCUGAAGAAUGGGCGAGAAUUUUGGCAAGUCGUGGAGUUUUAAUUCACAGAAACAAUUCGCAAUAUGGUGAAAAUAUUUUCUGUUUGUGGAGUUCCAAUGCGAAUAAUAAUCAUGUAAAUGGUCAAGAGGUUGUUGAUUCAUGGUAUUCAGAAAUCUCACAGCACGUAUUUUAUAAGGAACCCACAACAUUAAAGACGGGUCACUUCACACAAGUUGUGUGGAAGGAAAGUCGAGAAUUGGGUGUUGGAAUGUCUCGAAAUAGAAGCGGUGAAGUUUUUGUUGUUGCUAAUUAUGAUCCACCCGGUAAUUUUAUCGGGUCGUUUGAGAAAAAUGUACCGCCAUUACUAGGUGAUGACUUAAAGUCACGACAAUCGAUGGAGAGAUCGAGCGUCGAAAGUACGAAGACAUUUGAAGAGGAACUGGAAGAAUUUGCUCAAAAAAUGCUAAAACAUCACAAUGAAUACAGAAAGAAACACUUUGCACCCGAAUUAAAACUCACAAAAGAAGUCAUGAAUGAUGCACAACGCUGGGCUGAAAAAUUAGCUGAAGCAGAUAAAUUCACCUACAGACAGAGCUCCCAAUAUGGAGAAAAUUUGUACUGCUUAUGGAGCAGUGACAGAGAUGCAUGGCCAAAUCCCAAAGAAGUUUGCAAAUCUUGGUAUGAUGAAGUCAAGCAAUAUACAUGGAAUGUUGAACCGAAAACGUCCUUUAAGGCUGGCCAAUUCUCUCAGAUGGUGUGGAAGUCAUCGAGAGAACUAGGCAUUGGUGUUGGUCGCACAAAGAAUGGAAAAGUAAUCGUUGUAGCUUCCUACUAUCCCCGUGGAAAUAUCAUUGGACAUUUCUUGAAUAAUGUGAGGAGAAGUAACUAA